ACCAUAAAAUCUUUCUCUUCCUUGGGUUUCCUUCUUGAAAGUUUCUAGGGUUUUUUCUAUCUUUGUACCCUUUCCAUAUAUAGUUCUCGUACCUGUUUGUUUAGUAAAGUUUUUUGGGGUUUUUCUUUUUCUGUUUUCUCAUUUGUGGAAAGAAAAUUACAGAUUUGGUGUAGUUGGUUUCGGGUAGUGAAACCCAUCUAUGCUUCUCCUAAUAAUGGAAACCAUUUCAGACAUUUUUUUUUCUAUUUUUGAGUAAGAUUCGUUGUUGAUGAGAUAUUUUGGUCGUCACUAUUGAUCUUCUCAUCUCAGAUUUUCGACCGUACGUGUACUUGUUCAGAGCUCUUGAGUUGAUAUAACAUCUAUUUUAGAUGGUGAGAGGAAAAAUCCAGAUGAAACGGAUCGAGAAUGCCACAAACAGGCAAGUGACAUUCUCGAAACGUCGAAGUGGGUUGUUGAAGAAAGCUCGGGAGCUCGCUGUUCUCUGCGAUGUCGAAGUUGGUCUCAUCAUUUUUUCUCAGAAAGGCAGGCUCUAUGAGUUCUCAACCACCGAUAUGCAGGAGAUUAUAGAACGAUACCGUAAACAUGCUAAAAAUCAAGAGCAGACCAACAAGAUGGACGACGAGCGAUACAUGCAGCAAUUGAAGCUUGAAACUGCAGACAUGGAAAGGAAGAUUGAGCUCCUUGAAGUCUCUAAGCGGAAGUUUUUGGGUCUGGACGUAGCUUCUUGCUCUCACGAGGAAAUCCUCAACAUUGAAGGCCGACUAGAACAAAGCUUACGCAGCAUCAGAGCAAGAAAGGAUCAACUUUUCCAAGAGCAGAUAGAAAAACUUAGAGCAAAGGAAAGGCUCCUAUUACAAGAGAAUAUACAGUUACGAGAAAAGAAUAUUGCUGGAGAAAACCUGUUGCGGGAGCCGAUAGUUAAAGAGAAAGAAGUGGUAACAUACUGGAGUCAAAGUAGCAAUAGUACCAAUACAGAGGUGGAGACAGAGCUCUUCAUCGGGCUGCCUGAAAUUCGGUGCUGAUCAUUAAUCAUCAAUUUCAUGCCCAAUCUUAUCGUAUGUAUAUAAAUCUAUAGAUAGAUCGAUUAAGAAAAUUUGUAGCUGACAUCAUUUUUUUUACUGUAAAACUACAGUUCUGAUUUUAAACAUGUAUCUUUGCAAUAAUCGAAAAUGAUGGAUUAUGAGAUCAGUAUCCAAAGCUGA